GCCAGCGGCUGGAGCGGGCGGUGCGGGGUCGGGGGCUGGCGACGGCGACGGCGACGGCGACGGAGAGGACCCGUCGUCAACACCGCCCUCUGCGCGGGCUGGGUCGCCAUCCGAGGAGCCACCAGCCGCGUCGUCUUCAUUGACGCCGCCGUCACCCCCGUCGCCACCGUCACCGCCUGUCAUCUCCACGCCCGUCAUCUCGACCCCCAGCGCCGUGGAGGAGCAGGCGAUCAAUGCGACGCUGCUGGGGCACAGGAGGCGCCGCCCGCAGCUUCUUGCGGCCGUGUCGUCGUCACUGCACUCGCAUCAUAAUACACCGCAUCAGGAAGAAGACCUGGCGUUCGACACGGAGGCUAUGCACGCCGCGGUGCGGGCCGACGCACAUACCGCCGACUGCGAGGCCAUGGGCAAGCACGUUGAGCUCAUCAUGGACGGGCAGACGAUCCACUCUGAGGCUGAGCUCGGCGAGCUGGGCGAUUUGGCACCCAAGUCUCGAGAAUAUGUUUGGGAGGUCAUGUACGAGAACCAGCGGGGUAUCUACAUUCUCGGCAAGUCGUGGUACUCCGCGCGCGGGCUCCUGCCGUCCGACCCAUCAGGCUUUACGCUGCCGAUGCACCUCGCAGGGGACAAGGACAAGAGCAAGCGCAAGACAAUUAAAACCGGGUACGACCUCGAGACGUACCAGACGCCAACGCCGGCGUGGGUGUGGCUCACGCCGUGGAUGGUCAAUAUGAGGAGCAACACGGACGAGCAGGGGUGGCGCUACAACUUGUGGUUCCACCAGAAGGGGUGGAAGCAGCACUCGGGGUGGCUCAACUGGUGGGGGUGGGUGCGCCGGCGCGAGUGGGUCCGCCUGCGGGCUCUCAUCCCGUCGCACGAAAACGACAGCGACGACGACGAGAGCUACGACGGGCCGGUCGAGGAGCCGCCAGAUGUGCUGAGCACUCUGAUUUCGGGCACGGAUCCUGCCACCGAUAUUGUGAGAAGGCUGGUUGUGUACCCCCUCGACCGGGAGCGACUGGAGGCGUGGACCAAGAUGCUGGACGGGGCGAGCGAUGAGACGAAGAAGACGUUUGCGGGUCUGAUCAAGGACCACGAUACGCUCGCGCGUAUCUGCCUGGCGCUCGUGUUCCCCGCCUCGCGGGACGCCUUCCUCGUGACCCUCGUGACGCGCGGCCUCGCGUCCGACCAGCAGUGCAGCAAGUGUAUCGGCGUGAAGGAGCAGUGGAAGAGCCCAGUCAUGGGCGACGAGGAUGGCCUAGACAGCGAUCGCUAG